AUGGAAAGUAAUGCCGAAACUGAUAAACUUUCACCAGUAAAUACAUCUACACUUACAUGUGACUGUAUGAACAAUUCAAAAACUGAUAUAUCUAACGAAAAUAAUGGCUUUGAGUGUAAAAGAGAUGGUGUAUCUACUUGCUCAAAUCCAAACUGUCCAUACUCUUAUCUUAGACGGAAUACUUUCACUUCAGAGGCAUUCAAAAUACAACUGAAGAACAUUUCUCGUCAUGCAGGUUUCUCUGUAAUGAAGAAGAUGUUGCAGUCAUUAAAUGUAAAAUUUUGCAAGAUAAAGUUUCCAAAAUGCGGUUUAGCAUUUCUUUCAUUUGAAUCUGCCGCUGAUCGUGAUUUUGCUAUCUCUGUUUUGGAUGGACACAUUUGGAAAGGUUCGAAAAUAGAAGCUAAGAUUGCUCGUCCUCAUGCUGAUCCAUUAAUGAAAAGGCGAGCGGAAAGUGAAAUAAAAUCUGAACUCUUAUCAAAAGAACAACAUAUAGAUUGGUUAAGUGAACCAGUUGACUUGGAGAAAGCUCACGAAACACUUCGUGACUCCAUUCUUCCAUUAUGGCGUUUGAAUUACGAUCCAGAUCAAUUGAUUGAGAAACGAAAUCUAGUUUUAAAAUAUUUAGCUGAAACAAGAAGGAGAUUGUUGUUGAUUAAUCCAGAAAUCGGAAAUGUUGACAGUGUGAAAUUUGUAGAAGAAUCCGAUUCAAAAGGUCAAACAACUAUAUGUAAACUUGCUCCUAUAAUUCCAUCUGUAAGUUAUGUGUUUCUCGUCAAAAUGGAACACAGUUCAGAUGUCCACUGA